AUGUCGACUGCCGCUGUGAAACGAGCUGGUACGGGCUCAAGCGCCGCUGUCACAGGUGUGGCCGCAGGCGCGGGUGUUGCUGAAACAACAACUUCUGCUGAGGCUGAGUCCACGAGCGCAACCCCUACGGAAGCCACCUCGACUACUCCAACUUCGACUAGCGAGAGUUCGACCAGCACCAGCACCACCAGCACUAGUACUAGUACCAGUACGACUAGCACUAGCACAUCUACAACUGAGCCAACCACUUCAACCACUUCCACUACUUCAAUCCCGACUACUACUUCUUCUACGACGACUACGACCUCUUCCGAAACCCCUGCGUUGACCACCUCCACAAGUCAAGUUGAGCCGACUUCUACUUCAUCCAGCUCCCAGGGUGAAACUACUAUCUAUGUGACUUCUACUGCAAAUGGUGUUGUGGGUGUGUCGACUGAGACCUCCGCGAUAAGUUCCACCACUAGCUCGGCAGCUUUGUCGACUUCAACUGGAAGUGGAGGUGGAGGUGGUCUCUCUGCAAGUGGUACUAUUGCUGUUGCUGUGGUGGUGCCAGUCGUCUCUGUUGCCCUGAUUGCUCUCUUGGCGAUCUGGUUCUGGCGCAAGCGCAAGGCUAACAAGGCCAACGAGGAGGAACGUCGCAAGGAGGUGGAGGAGUACGGUUAUAACCCGAACAAUGACGCUUCUUUCCCUGGCAUGAUGGCCGCGGCGCCCAAGGAUGACACUUCUGGUUACCGUGGCUGGGGAACCACCUCGGCAGGGCGUAAAGCCUCGACUAAUCUGUCCAGUGGAAUGGGAAUGGCCAUGUCUGAAGGCAGUGGCCAGUAUCACCACCAAACCACCCCUAGUGAAGGAACGGUGCAAUACUCGGACGGUGUUCGACCUGACUCUGGCGAGAUUGUUGAACCUGUCGGUAUUCUCGGGGCCGUUCCCACCGCCAACAACAACAACCGCAAUGGCGAUAUCCACCGUGGACCAUCUAAUGCAUCAUCUGCUUAUUCGGCUGCCAAUCGAUCGGAUGUCUCCGAGGAAAGCCACAUGUCUGCAGUACAUCCAUCUGGUGGCUACUAUGGAGAGAGUCCUUAUUAUGGGGAGGCGACUGGACACGGGGCUUACGGAGAUGAUAACUACCAGCCCGUGAUUCGAGAUGUGCAGGCUCGUCGCAAUACACGCAUUGAGAACCCGGGUGUAUACCCCCGACAAGGGAAUGCUGGUAUUGCCCAGAAUUUCUAG